AAAAUGGGGUUACCGAGUAAACAGCGGCCCCGGAGGCUGUAGAGAUAGAAAGCAGAAGGCGGACAUGGAAUUGCCGGAGCCGCCGGAGUGUCCGGUGUGCCUCCAACCCUACGACGGCACGUCCACAACCCCUCGCGUCCUUUCAUGCGGCCAUUCGGCGUGCGACAACUGUCUCCUCCGCCUCCCCCAACCCUUCCCUCACACCGUUCGCUGCCCCGCCUGUACCCAACUCGUUAAGUUCCAAGGACCCUCUUCUCUUCCCAAGAACAUCGACCUCCUCCGCCUCGCCUAUUCCUUCCUGAAACCAGAUGGUAAAGAUCGCCCAAAACCUGCGUAUUUGGACGCAAAGCCAUCAACUCCGGUCACUGAUCGUCAUUUAAUACCGAAUUUAUGGCCUCAUGAGUUUUAUCUGGCAUGGAAGAACUGGGUUGUUCCGGAGGAGGCUGUGCUGGUUGAAUUUAGACAUGAAGAUGGUUUAUGUUCUAUGUUCCGUGGGAAGAUUUUAGAUUCUUCGGAUUCAUGGGAGUUGCCUACCAGGUGUUUGAUGAAAGGGCAUGAAUCGGUGAGUCUUGUUAGAGCCGGUGGUUCUUUAUGUGAUGAUGAUUCUAAGUUAAAGUACAGCUAUGUUGCGAAAGUUCUGAAAAUUUUGUACGGGAUGGCAGAUGAGGAAAGAGCCGAAUUGGGUUUGAUUUUGAGGGCAUCUUCUCUAAAAGAGAGUCAAAUUUGUAAGUGCUACGGUCUUUGGUAUAAUACGGCUGAUCAUAAUCUAUACAUGGUCCGUGACAGGUAUUCUGGGAGUUUUUCUGAAAAGUUCAGCGAUUGGAGAAGUGGUUUUAUUAGUGAAAAUGGAAAUGGUGGUUUGUUUAGUGCCACAAAUUUUGCCAUGAUCGGUAUGGAGUUAUGUGAAGCAGUGAGUGCUCUACAUUCUGAAGGGUUAUUCAUUGGUUAUUUGUCUAUAACAUGCUUUGAUAUCGACCAUUUUGGCCACAUUCAUAUUGACUUGAAUGAAGCCUUGGUGAUGAGUCGGAGAGCUCGAAAAAUGAUUUUGGAGGCUAUUCAGGAUGUAGGAAAAGUUAAAGACAUGGAAGUGAGUUUAAGCGAUUCUGCUCUAGAAACCCUUGCAUUUAUUAAUCCAGAGCUAUUGUUUGAGUUACUGCGGAGGGAAAACAUCAACUUGAAAUUUGGACCAAAAUUUGAGGUUGGCUAUUCAUCAGAUGUCUGGUCCUUAGCUUGUACACUACUUUGGCUUCUUAUCGGAGAACCAUUCACUGACUUGAUCUGCAAUUUAUUACAAUGUCUUGUACCUCUAUCUAGUGAUGUGAAGGGUUCUGAUUAUACAGGGUUUUAUAUGAGUUGGAUGGAAAAAGUUAGGAAUUUGUUAGAAACCAAUUUGGUUUCAGAAUUUGUUCCUCUGCAGGAGAUUCUAUAUGAAGGUUUAAAUAUUGAUCCAGCAAGCCGACCAUCUGUGUUUGACAUGUGGAAAAGCAUUAGGCAAAUGAUUAUUAAACCAAAGUUUGAUGUUAUGGCCAAUUUACCUCAACCAGUUGAAAAGACCAUAGGCCGUUGUUUGUUUCUUGGAAAACUGUGCCAUUUACAAACGGAUAGUGAUAAAAUAUUGGAAAUACAGUUAGUAAAUGGCCUGCAGGAGAAAGGCGAUAAUGGUGCAGCAGAUGGUGAUCAAAUUGAGGCGGUGAUGGUUGACAGGGAUCUUGUUGAAGGCCUCACAGGGGGUCAUAUCAAAUGUGUUGAUUUGAAGGGCCAUCUGGAUUGUGUUACAGGAUUAACUGUUGGAGGUGGCUUCCUUUUCAGCUCCUCAUUUGAUAAAACAGUCCAAGUAUGGUCUCUGCAGGAUUUUACUCUUGUACAUACAUUUAGGGGUCAUGAAUACAAGGUAAUGGCUGUAGUUUUUGUAGAUGAAGCACAGCCAUUAUGCAUAAGUGGUGAUAGUGGAGGUGGCAUUUACAUUUGGGGUAUUAGCAAUCCAUUUGGUCAAGAACCAAUAAAGAAACUAUUUGAACAAAAGGAUUGGCGCUAUAGUGGUAUUCAUGCCCUUGCUAUUUCUGGAACUGGAUACCUGUAUACUGGGAGUGGAGAUAAGUUGAUAAAGGCAUGGUCUUUGAAGGAUUAUUCUGUGUCACAUGUUAUGAAUGGUCAUAAAUCAGUUGUCUCUACAUUAGCGGUUUGUAAUGGGGUUCUAUACAGUGGAAGUUGGGAUGGAACUGUGCGGUUAUGGAGUCUUAGUGAUCACAGUCCUUUGGCUGUGCUGGGGGAAGAUGCACCUGGAAAUGUGACAUCUGUUUUGUCUCUUGCCGCAUGUGGGGAUGCUCUUGUUGUGGCUCAUGAGAAUGGGUGUAUGAAGAUUUGGAGGAAUGAUGUGCUUCAGAAAUCAAUCCAAGUUCACAAUAGAGCCAUUCUUUCGGUUGGCAUGGAGGGGAAAUGGGUUUUUACUGGGGGUUGGGACAAGGUUAUUAAUGUGCAGGAACUAGCAGGAGAUGAGUUUCAAAUAGAUCCCAUACCACUUGGAUCUAUUACCUGUGAUUCUGUUGUAACAGCUCUUCUGUACUGGGAAGGAAAGCUUUUUGUUGGACAAGCUGAUAGAUUAACCAAGUUGCAGACUUGAGGCCUUGUUGGGGAUUUACUGUAUAAGACUCAUCCAAAGUUAUCCUUGUUGGGGAUGCAUCUUCCCUUGCAAAGAGAUGGCCGGGGCUGGUGGUAGUUCCUAUGUGUUUGAUGGUGCAUUGGAAAGAAAAAGAUUUAUGGCUGUUGGAGGUGUAGAGCCCCCAUACGCUUUGAAGGGCAUUGGAAAGAAAAAGAUUUAUGCCUGUUGGAGGUGUAGAGCCCCCAUACGCUUUGAAGGGAAAUAUUCUCGUUCAUGUUUUCUAUUCUUUUUUUUUUUUUCCUUCAGGAACUAUGUGGGUGCUGUAAUAAAAUGUGCCAUUCUAAUCCUUGCUGUACAUGGCUCGUUCACUUCAGUUUUGGUUUUUAGUUAUACAAGUUUGUUCAAUCAUCCAUAAGCCAAAAAUGAUUGCAUAGACGUCGCUUUAUGCAAGUUUCGUGCCUGAAAGGAAGUGUGUAAAACUUGAAUUUAUUGAUCAAAGAAUGAAGUUUAACUCUUUACAGUUGAUGGUA